AUGCACACACUCUUUAGGUUUUCUAAGAAAUUUAAAAAAAUUCUUAUUGCGAAUAGAGGAGAAAUUUCAUGCAGAAUAAUUGAAUCUUGCCGACGGUAUGGCAUCAAGACCGUCGCUGUUUACAGCGAGGCCGAUGCGGUGUCUCGUUUUGUCAAAAUGGCAGAUGAGUCUGUGUGUGUUGGCCCUCCAGCGACCAGCCAGUCUUACCUUAAUAUGCCCGUUAUACUUGAUGCAGUUAGGAAAACAGGAGCAGAAGCUGUUCAUCCUGGUUACGGCUUUCUUUCAGAGAAUACUCGUUUUGCCAAGGAACUUGAAGAUAUUGGGGUGGUUUUCAUUGGCCCUAACUCUAAAGCUAUUCGUGCUAUGGGCGAUAAAAUAGAGAGCAAACGAAUAGCCGCUAAAGCUAAAGUGAGCUGUAUCCCUGGUUUUGACGGAGAAGUUGAAGGAGAGGAGAGUGCCAUUGAAAUUGCCAAACAGAUAGGCUACCCUGUUAUGAUAAAAGCUUCUGCCGGCGGAGGUGGUAAGGGCAUGCGAAUCGCAUGGAAUGAUAAGGAGGCCAAAGAAGGUUAUAGAUUGUCAAGGAAUGAGGCGAAGGCCAGCUUUGGUGACGAUCGUAUGCUAAUCGAAAAGUACAUUUACAAACCUCGCCACAUCGAAGUUCAGCUUCUAUGUGAUAAACACAAAAAUGCGAUAUAUCUCAAUGAACGGGAGUGUUCUAUACAACGAAGAAAUCAGAAAGUUAUAGAAGAAGCUCCUAGUACUUUUUUGAAUCCUGAUACUCGACGAGCCAUGGGCGAGCAAGCCGUUGCAUUGGCCCUUGCCGUUGGUUAUGAUUCUGCUGGUACCGUUGAAUUUCUUGUUGACUCAAAUCGGAACUUCUACUUUUUGGAGAUGAACACUCGUUUACAAGUGGAGCAUCCGAUUAGCGAAUGCAUUACGGGUGUGGAU